AUGAUAAACUGGCAUUUUGUCACUCAAAGCUAUUCCAAUAUUGCCAAGGUAUGCACCCGUCCUGUACCAGUCUUCCAUCUUCUCAAGUAUCGACAUAUCCACAAACAUCUGUUCAAUGGCCGUCAGAACAUGCCCACCAAGAUACAACUUCUGGAGAAUGUCCAACGAGAUGACGUGUUUGAACAUCAACAACAACUCUACAAACAAUUCAAGAGGAUAUCACCCGCCAGGGCCUACUUGGACGCAACAAGAAUUGGACACACCAAGGAACAAUCAGGACCAACUGAUGAAUAUGUGCCGAUGAUUGCACUCCCAUCACUGUCAACAUUGAUCAUCAAACACAUUGUGACAUUCCUGGUGUUUGAUCGUGCUUGGGACUCCAAGUGGAUUGUCACACUGUCCACCGUGUCAUCACAGUUCCAUCAAGCAGUGUCCAGUGUUCUGACAAACAAUGUGAUACCAACAUUGAGUAUUCGAUCGAUGAUCACUCACCUGGGAUCGCCGUCGUCCAAACAUUGUCUGUUCAAGUCACCGCCACUUCAUCUUAAUGCCGUUGACUUGGAACAUAUACCAUCAGAUCAACUCGAUACAUGCCUCGAUCGACUUGAAUCAUUGCAGGUGCCCAUCUGUCUCCUUACAUACAGCCGGAUUGUGUUGGUCAAGGUUCGCGCGCCCAAUGUCAAACACAUCAAGUUCGAGGAUCGGAACGAGACAAUGGAUCGCAAUACGCAAUCCAGAGAGUCCGCGUUGUUACAUGACCUUCAGCACUGGCACAAGUUCGGUGUACAAGUAUCAAUGAACAGUGUAAAUCGUGAUAGUGAUAAACAAUGCACCUAUCAAUUCUUCACACAACUGUUCCAGUUCUACCUCAACGACAACAACAACAACAACAACAACAGUAGCAGUGUUCAAUCGAUUGAGAUUGUCUCACGUUCACCUGUCGGUCCACCAUCACUACCCGAGCACUACAAAGGCCGCUUCAACUUCACAUGGGAUCUGGAAACAUCGUCGGAGCGUGUGGAUUCUGAGGAAUGGGUCUAUGACAGAUACAGUCUCAAUGAUGAAUACGACGAUAAUUUUCACCGUGAAAUAGUCGUUGUCCAUGUUCAGCAAUAUACGCGAGUUACAAUGGCCAUUAUACUACCACAGCCAACCACAAAACGAUCGAGUCCAGGCACUUCACGACUCCGCACGAGAUCUCCAUCGAUACCUUGGUGA